CAUCCGGAUUGGGUCCCGCUGCGCUUUUAUUUUGAAGGGUGCACGUAACCAGGAAGAGAAAUGUCAGUUUUUUUCCCAUCCACGUGAAGUGUUGCCGAAGCUGCAACUUGGCUCGCCUCGCAAUUUGCCCUCAUAUCCUCAAUAAUAACCAGUCACGUCAUGUCUUCCUCGGCACCCAUUAAGAUUGGAAUAAUUGGUGGUUCGGGUCUGGACGAUCCUGAUAUACUGGAGGGAAGAACCGAACGUUAUGUUGACACGCCGUAUGGAAAGCCUUCCGAUGCCUUGAUAUUGGGAAAAAUAAAAAACGUCGAAUGUGUCCUCUUGGCAAGGCAUGGAAGACAGCACACAAUCAUGCCAUCUAACGUCAACUACCAGGCCAAUAUCUGGGCACUGAGGGAGGAAGGCUGCACACAUCUGCUGGUCACCACAGCUUGCGGAUCGCUGCGAGAGGAGAUCCAGCCCGGUGACAUCGUCAUCAUAGAUCAAUUCAUCGACCGGACCACCAAGAGAGCGCAGACGCUUUACGACGGCCGGCCAACCAGUCCUCCAGGCGUGUGUCACAUUCCCAUGGCUGAGCCUUUCUGCAACAGGACCCGAGGGCUGCUCGUGGAAGUGGCCCGCACCCUCGGCGUCAAGUGCCACGCGAGGGGCACCAUGCUGAGUAUCGAGGGGCCCCGUUUCUCGUCGCGGGCAGAGAGCCUGAUGUUCCGCCAGUGGGGUGCCGACGUCAUCAACAUGACCACAGUGCCCGAGGUGGUCCUUGCCAAGGAGGCGGGUUUGUGCUAUGCCAGCAUCGCCAUGGCAACGGACUACGACUGCUGGAAGGAGCACGAAGAGGCGGUUUGCGUGGACAACGUGAUGAAGACCAUGAAGGAGAACGCCAACAAAGCCAGCAGCAUCCUGCUGACCGUCAUCCCUCAGAUCAGCCAGAUGGACUGGAGCCAGACCACAACUUCCUUAAAAGCGAUGGCCCAGUCGGCAGUAAUGUUGCCCAAACAUUGAACCCCAUAAAAGCAAAGGACGAUCGGCUCAGCUGUGGGUUUGUCACCAGUGACUUGAAAAAAAAAUAAAACCAAGCCCAUGUCAUCUUCAGCGAUUUGAAUCUAGCUCCUGGAGCAGUUUGUGGUUUCAUAUCUCCUCAAGUCAGGUCUUCUCACACUUCCAAAUACCAAUUGGACAUUUUCACUCGCUGUUAUUUUAGUGGACUUCAUAUUAGAUAUUUAGUGGUAGAUAUUUCAUGUUUUUAUAUGGGUUUGUGUUUAAUGGAUUAAUUGAGGGGUUUUUUUUUGUUUU